UCUUCUCUGCUAAUGUUCAUUACAAGAUCUUAUAGUAAGCAGCUACUGCCUGCCAUUGGUGCAUUAUAUAUUGUCAAGCUAGUGCAUCACUUUCCAAAUCCGCAUCUAAUAACGAGAGAGAGAGAGAGAGUGUGUGUGUGUGUGGAGGAGGAGAUGGUGACGGACACUCUGAUACAAGUCUUGUUUCUCUUGCUAAGUCUAGGGAUGUUCCUAGCGAUACACAACUUCCCCAGAAAAGCCCUAACAAAGCGGCACUAAGGGGCUGAGCCUGAGAGAACGUCCAAGCGAAGCCGCACUUCGUCCAAGGGGUUCAGCUGCUCCCGUGCUCGAUCCUUCGCAACAAAAAUACCUGCGUCUCCCUCGCCAAGGACGCCAUCGACCAGGCUGACAAGGCUCUCCUGCUCGACCCGAGAGACGCCGCCGCUCACAUCCCUAGCGCUCGAUUUGCAGGGUCUCUAGUCCUCCGCCCUCAGGUCCCUCAACGUCGCUCUCUACCCGCCCGCCGUCAGGAUUAUCUCCGAUCGCGAGCUAGGGUACGCCUAUAUAAGCGUGCCGAGUUGCAAACAGCAGUCAACUGCCGGCAUCGGGUUGACUCGGCGCUAUCGGAUCUGUUGGAAGCGGUGAAGCUUAACCCUAACAAUUCCAAGGCGUUCUGUCUCUUGGGGCACUGCUACGAGAAGAAGGAGAUAAGAGUUCAGGCCAAGUAGGCGUCCGAGGAGGCCAUUAGGAUCCAGCCCAGUUCUUCCGCCGCCUCGCAAGGCGAUCUCCUCUUGAAUUUCUUCUCCCGCCAAGAUCAAACCUCUGAGAGUCGGGUAUGGAUUUUAGAAGAAUCUCAUGGGUGGUUUUUUUCAGAAAAAAAAAAAAAAAGAGCCGUUGGAUCUAUUUGGGACACGUGUCAGCGGCAGAUAUCCAUGGAGCAGUUGGAUUUCUGUGGCGCAGGAACCACGCUGCUUGUCAGGACCUUCUCCCGCUUGAAAAAUCAAAGGGAAGAACCCCUUUUACGGUUUUAGGGGAGUCUUCAACCCUUCUUCGUUAUUAGCAGCAGGGACUCAGGGUCGAGGACUCGAGGGCGAUCGAGAGAGACGAGGAGUCAACGACCGGCCACCGCUACAACUUACAAUCCGGCGAUUCAGCUUCUCUGUUUGUACAGUUUUUGCUGUGGUGUUUGCUGUGUUGCCCUCGCUUUCCUGUAGCACCAACACAUAUGAGGUUAGAGCUAAGAAAUUUACAGCUAUUUUCUCUACUGUUACUCAAAAAACCUCCAUCAUAAUGUUUCUUUCUAUUUUGGAGGAACUCAUUUUGGCAUCAUGGAGAGCUUGCUUUAAUAUUUGUUGGGACUCAGAAGCUUUUUCUUGGUUUGUUGGUGUGGUACUACUAAGGGAGAAAGAGGUGAACUCCGGUGCUUUCAAUGGGUGAUUUCCCUCUCAAACUUGAUGUUGACAAGGUAAUUUCAUAUGGUGAUGACCUCAUAUUAUGCCUCAAAAACAAAAGAGACCUAGAUACUUUGAAGCAAUCUCUAGAUGGAAUCAAGAUGCUUCAAUCAUCUUGUGAGACAGAUUUCUCUGAGAUUAAGAACUUACUGGAAGCAGAGUACCAGACAAGGAUAACUGAGUGCAAGAAAAAGAUAGAUAAUGCAAAAUCUGGAGUUAUUGCGGAUGCAGAUAUUGACUCUCUUCAGAAAGACUUGCUAGAGGAACUUAAUAAGGAGAAUAAACUUCAGGAGGAGCUUAGAAUUGUCAGUGAUGAGAUGAGUAAUCUGGAACAUCAGAGGGUUUCAAUUGAAGGACGAAAGCAAAUACUGAAGAAGAGAGAGAGAGAAGAAUUAAGGGCACAGAUGGAGCUUUCUAUGUAUGCUUCAGUGACAAAGAUCAUCCCAGAUCUGGCUGACCAAAAUCAAAUUUCUGGCCAUAUCGUGGAUAGGGACAAAAGGAUGGUUAAGCAGUUCAAAUUUGAACCAUCGAAGGUAUCGCCCUUCGAGAUGUGCAACGACCUUUGGAAAAUGAUUAAUCUGUGAGAGGUGGUCCACUCCAUCCUCUUAUAACGAUACAUGUAAUGCAGUAGCAUUUUAUUUAUAUAUAUAUUAAUCCUUUAUGUUCUGUUUCAUCAUGUAAAUACUCCAGAGAUAAUGUUCUUGUUUGUUUUCCUUUUUUUUUUUCUUUUCUUUCUCAUAGUGAAUGUUGUUAUUGUUUGCAUUCCUGUUCUCUAGGAAUACUGUUCUAUAAUUUAAAAGGUUGAAUUGCUAUUUCCAUUGCA